AUUUGUCAAUGUCAAAAACAAAAAAUAAGAGGUUAUGUUUUAUCAACUAUUUACUCAGCUUUAUUAUUAUAUUUUCAGUUGGUUUACAGUAACAAUAAUUUAGCAGUUAAUUCUAUACUGUAAUGAUACUUUAUUGGUAAACUUUAAUUAAGUACAUUUUGUAAUGUAUUACAAAGCAUUACCUAGUUACUUCCAGUAAGGUAUAAAAGUUAUAAAAUAUAUCAUUAUGGCUACCAAUACUUUACCACAGCUUCUAAUUUUAUACAUGGUGUUCACACUUAAGGAGCCAAUCAUUUUAAGCCACAAACGGUCUCUAGACACUGAGAAAUUGAGAUCCAAUAAAUUAAAUGAAUGUCUGCGCUGUAAAGUCUUGACAGAUUCUUUUAGUACCUGGCUUGAUAGAACUUCCCGUGGUAAACAUGAAGGUGGUGACGCUGCUUGGGAAGAAGCGAAAUUAAAAUCAUACUCACGAAGUGAAAUGCGACUUGUUGAAAUUCAAGAAGGCCUGUGUUCUGAACUAAAAAUACAUAAAGACCACUGUUAUGCACUUGCUGAUAAAGCUGAACAACUUUUAGAACAAUGGUGGUUGAAAGAAAAUUAUGAUAAUGCAGAUAUAUAUACUUGGUUGUGCAUUGAAAAUCUUCAGUAUUGUUGCCCAGUAUAUCAUUUUGGUGAAAUGUGCACUCCUUGCCCUCGUGAUAAAAACAAUGAAAUAUGUGGAGGUAAAGGAAAAUGUGAUGGUGAUGGAACACGAAAAGGAAAUGGUACAUGCAUUUGCAAGAAAGGAUAUUCAGGAAAUAAUUGUGAAGAAUGUGCUACAAACUUUUAUAAAACCUUGAAUGCAUGUAAGCCAUGUCACAGGGCAUGUAGUGAGUGUCACAAUGAUGGUCCAAGCGCUUGUGUGCAGUGUGCUUCAGGGUGGACUAUGGAAUCAGGUGUAUGUGUUGAUAUAAAUGAAUGUUUGAAUGAAUCAUUUUGUACAGCCAGUGAGUUUUGUGUUAACACAGCAGGCUCCUAUACCUGUAAAUCUUGUUAUAAAAGUUGCAGGACAUGUGUAGGUCCUGGCUCCAAAGAGUGUACAUCUUGCAAACCUGACUAUGUCUUGUGGGUUGGAAAAUGUAUGAGUAAGGAUCAUCAAAAAAAUCUGUUGAACAAUGCAUUUAAGAGAGCAGCUUGUUAUUUAUGUUUAUUUAUAAUAGUAAUGGUUAUACUUAGAAAAUCAAAGUCUUUAGCAUCCUUUGUAGCAUUAUUAAUUGCAUUAGGUAUAUAUUUUUAUGAGAAUACCUCAGAUAUUAAGUUAAUUGAUUUGUACAAACUCUAUUAUGAAGAUGUUUUUUAGAAACUAUGGUUUACUAGCUUAUGUCCGCGACUUCGUCUGCGUGGAC